CUUGGCGUUUCCGAGCCACCAGCCGAGGCUUAUUUGGACUUCAUGACUCGAAUCCAUACUCCACAACAGAGGUAACAAGGAAAAGCUCGACAACACGCCGCACAAUAUACGAGCCUCAUACAAUUUAGUUUCAUGUAUUCUUUUUUCCCGUGGUCAGCUUCAAGAGUGUCUAAUACGUCAUAUUAAAUCUUGGCUCGCCCCUUUUCCAUACCAGUCGGUCCUGCAUUUGACUGGGAGAGAUUCCCCGUCGAGGGGGCUGUUCACAAGUUUGUGAACCCAGGACAGACCAAUUCAAGUUGCCUCAUUCUCUAUCUUGUAGCUUCUGAGCCUCUCAGUUACGUUGUUCAGUGUAUGGCUUGGCGUGUUAAUCUCAGGUCUCUUGGCCCAUGAGGAGGUUUUAUCUCAAGACCUUCAGGGACAGGUCAUUUCCAGGUGCUUAUUCGCUUAGAUCAGUAAAAUUUUCUUGUUUACUUGCACUUCUCACUAGUUUGAUCAUUUGUAUUCUCACUACCAUAGCACGUGCAUCAGGCUGCGUGCUAGCCCUCCUUAGCUUAAUCGUUUGUCGUCAUUGAUACCUCCUCAUUUAGACCUCCUCAAUGUCCCAUGACAGACAGCUUCAUUCUAUAUCCUGCCAUUGCUCUACGAUGCUUCAACUCAUCAGCGCAACUCCUUCUCCCUACGCGAGAAAAGUCCGCAUCGUCCUCGCUGAGAAGGGCAUCCCCUUCGAGCUCUUAACCGAGGUACCAUGGGACAGCACAACCAAGACUCCGCUCUACAACCCACUUGAGAAACUCCCAGUUCUCAUCCUCGAGGAUGGUUCAGCGGUAUAUGAAUCUCAUUACAUCUUGGAAUACAUUGAAGCCAAGUUCCCAAACACGACGCCGAUGCUCUCACAAGACACUGAUGAGAAGCUGUUUGCCAAGAAAGUCGAGGUCGUGGUUGAUGGGAUGUGUGAUGCCCUCGUGUUGUUAUUCUUCGAGAAGCAACGUGCUCAAGGCAGUCAGAGUGAGGAGUGGAAGGCUCGUCAACUGAGAAAGGUCGAUGGUGGAUUCAGAGCUCUCGCCGAGUGGAUCGGGAAGAAGCAGUACAUCAUUGGUGACAAGUUCGGUCAUGCAGAUGUCGCUGUUGGAAGUGUCUGUGGCUAUAUUGAUGUCCGGCUCAGCGAUUACCCAUGGAGGAAGAAUUUCCCAGACCUGGCAAAGUACAUUGAUGGAUUGAAUGAGAGGCAGUCGUUCAAGGACACAGUGCCAGUUGCGCAGAAGAUUACGGAUAAAAUUGUCUGA